UUUCACAUAACACGAAGGAAUCAUCGCAUGAGAGCGAUGUGCUGAUCAGUUGACCUGGCAGUAGUUGACUUGAGACGAAGAUGAACACAGGCCUAAUAAGAGCGUCAAUACUUCUAAGAUGUGCCACACUUCAAUUCCUUGCGAGCUGAAACUGAAGCUAAGGUUGAAGCCAUGGGAUAUUGCUUCAAAUUUUGAAGUUAAUGAAGAAGCCAAAGUUUCUUGUUCAGUGAGAAGAACAUUUCUGUCAGAGUUAUUCACAAGAACGAAGAGAAGGAUAUCUUUGAAUAUAUCUUAGUGGGAUAUUAUGGAGGCAGCAAUUGUAUCAGGGAUCACCAAAGAGGUUAUCACGUCACUGAAAACUUCAGCCGUUAAUGAGAUAGCUAAAUUGGUGUGUGUCAAAAAGGAGAUCAAGAACCUCACCGUAACAUUUGACGAUAUCUGUGCUCAAAUAAGAGGCGCAGACCAGAUUGUUGCACACUCUGAAGCAACAAACUACAGGCUCAAGCUGCUGAGAGAAUAUGCCUAUGAGGCAGAAAACAUCAUCGAUCUCUUCAGUAUUGAACUUGGGGGAAUGCAAGAACCACGACUGCAGGAACGAAAUGCUUCAUCUGUAUGUAGAUGUUGCAGAGAAGUUGGUGUCAGAUACAAGGCGGCAAAUGAUAUCCAAGAACUAAACAAAAAAUUAGAGAGAAUUACGCCAACACUGCUCCAGGAACUGUGUAGAGAAGAUCGACAAAGCAAUAUUACUACUCCUCAACAUGAUGAGUUCAUUACUAUUGGCAGAAAUAUCGCAAACGAGUGCGAUAAUCUCUUUAGGCUACUGCGAGGUAACCAAGCUGGUCAAUGCCUUUUUGCUAUAGUUGGUGCUGUUGGAGUUGGCAAGACCACACUCGCUCAAAAGAUAUACCAUGAUACAAAGAAUAAUUUUAGAACCAGGUUAUGGGUGCACGUCUCGAACGACUCAAGGAACCUGGGGAUAUGGCGGGGGGAGAGUUUCUUGGGAACAGGAGAAACUGCAGUGCAAAGAGUGGUGUUGCGUGAAUAUUUAAUAAAUGACAGAUACAGAAGGCUGUUGCUGGUGAUCGAUAAUGUGUGGGAAGAGAAUGGCUGGAACCAGUUCUUGGGGCAGGAUUUCUGUCGCGGUGGAGACACAGUGCUGCUUGUGACUACACGACAUGAGUGUGUUGCGAGAACCAUGGGGAUAGCCCGUUGUCACCGUAUAAGAAGGCUCAGCGAGGACGAUGGUUGGUUGCUGCUUCGCACAACGGCUAACCUUAGAGAAACUGAGGCUACAGGCAACAUUCAAGAUGUUGGGAGAAGAAUCGUGCAAAAAUGCAGUGGCCUUCCGGUUGCAGUAAGGACAAUCGGGUAUCACCUCAGGGGAAAGACCCUAGAAGAUGAAUGGGAGAGUGUGUACUUGGAGGAUUUUGUUGCCACUUACCCAGAGAUACGGAACAGCAUCGAUGCAAGCUACAUGAAGUUAUCUUAUCGCCUCAAGCGUUGUUUCCUUUACUGCUCACUGUACCCAGAGGGUAAUGUGAUAGAAAAGCAAUGCAUCAUGCAGCAGUGGAUUGCAGAAGGGUUCUUUUCUGAAGUACCACUACAAGUACAAGAAGAGGAAGCUGAAAGAUGUUACCAGGAACUGAUAGACAGAUGCCUUCUUCUGCCAGAGGACGAAGCUCAUGGUGUGACGGGGGCUAAGAUGCUAAACCUCUUCAGAUCAUUUGCAAUUUAUCGGUCACAAGAUGAGAACUACGUAAGCAAUCCUCGUAAUAUCGGCAGAAAUUUCAAACCAUGGCGCCUGUGUGUCACAAAUGGAGGUAGAGUAGAAGACAUCCCAGAUGACGCCACAAGCUUAAGGUCACUCUUUUUGUUUGGGAGUCCACAGAUUAAUGGAAAAUCCUUGGAAUUUAUCUUCAGUAAGUUAACAAGCCUAAGAGUUCUGGACCUUAGACAUACACAAGUUGAUAAUAUUAGCACCUAUCUCAAAAAACUACACAAACUCAAGCAACUCAGGUAUCUAAACCUUUCUAAUACUAGGAUAAGCUCAAUUCCUGCUAGCAUUGGGAGUUUGACAAUGCUACAAUUUUUAAUCCUUAAAAAUUGCCCACUUCUAGAGUCUCUACCAAGAUGUGUUGGCCACUUGAAAAAACUGAGAAGCCUUGAUAUCUCAGGAACUCCAAUGCUAAAUGUCAUCCAAUUCAACCUUCUCGAACUUACAGAACUCAACUGCUUGCAAGGUUUUGUCCCAACCACCUCAGUACAGCAAAACAAUAAUGGGGAUGGUUGGAAAUUUGAGGAGGUAAGACCCCUGGGUAAUCUGAGGAACCUCCAGAUGGUAAAGCUAGAGAGAGCUUCAUCGAGCAGAGGCGACCUGGGCCAAUUGAAUCUGCAUGAGAAGCCCAACCUCAAAGAGCUCGAGUUAUGUUGCAGCUCUGCUGAUCCUCAAAACAGAGACCGUGAUGCAGAGCAUAUAAAAGCUGUCUUUGAGGCACUUAAGCCUGCUCAAUGCCUCGUUUCUCUUAAGAUAGCUAACUAUUAUGGCGAUCAGUUUCCAUCUUGGUUUUCAAAUUCCCAUCUGACAGUGCUGCAGCGGCUAACCCUUGACCUUGAUGACUGCUUACCUAGUUGGGAUCUACCACCCCUAGGUCAGAUGAUGAAUCUCAAGUUCCUGAAAAUAACAGCUUCCAAUCUCUUACCUGAUGCCAAUAACAGACAACUUCGAGGUGAACCAAGAAACGGCAAGGCAUUUCCACGCCUGGAGCAACUGGUCCUAGGCAAGAUGGAAAGCCUGGCACCAUGGUCGGUUCUUCAGGAGGGUGACUUGCCUUUGCUUCGUGUUUUCCACCUUGAUGGAUGCUCACAGCUGAAUUCAAUUCCUUCAUGGCUCCAGAGCUGCAGCAAAUUGACAAGCAUGAAGAUAAAAAAUAUUGAUACUCUUCAAGAAAUUGCUAGCCUGCCUUCACUCAAGGAACUAGAGGUUCACAAUAGUGGCAGGCUACAAACAGUCCUCAACAUCCGCAGGCUUGAGGAUCUCACAAUUUCUGACUGCCCAGUUCUUGCAGCUGUGGAUGGUGUUCCUUUGCUGUGCUCUGUGCACAUCAAAGAACAGUCUGCCCAGCUACCACAGUGGCUGCAGCAGAAAUCGUUCGUACUCAGGAGAUUGGAUAUCAUUGGCACCGAGGUGCUACUCGACAGAUGCUCCUCGCCUAUUGCUCAGUACGGGUCUAUCAUUCAAGCUGCUGCUGAACAUGUUUAUGCGAAACUGGUUGAUGGUUCGUUCUACUUCUCCUACAACAAAAGUACCAGUAGUUUCCAGAGAAGCCGACGAUGCAUUGAGCGCCUUACAGUGGAUGGUUUACAUAACAAUGCUGUGCCUCCGGAUAAUUGGAGAGCAUGGAUGGUGUACACGCUUUACGCUAUCCUGGUGAUUGCUUCUUCUUUCCUAUUCAGUGGACUUCUGAGACCAAUGGAUGAAACUCCGCAGCAUCCGCAAUGAAGAAACGCUUCACGGUGUCAAGCAUGCAAGAGCAAAGCAUGCUGCUGUUGGACAAGCUACAUACAGUAGCUGAUGAAGUUCAGUGCCAAUCAUACAUGGUUGGAGGAAUCAGGCUGGACUACUGUCUACUGCAAUGAAUUUUCGAUGAAUUGGCUUCUUUAAAAGUAUAAGCAGCUAAAGUUUUGUUUUGUUCCCAUGUUGCAGUAACUCUGUAACUGUGGUCAGGUGUCCUUCUGGUUUUGUGUCAGGGUUGCUUGACCUUUGCUAACAUGUAUCAGGAAAUGAUAAAGGAAGAAGGAUAGCUUUGCCAUUUUUACCAGCAUAAAAAUAUAAAAUUUGGCAAACGAGUGAAUUUCCAACGAACACUCUAGUUAAUUAUCUCAGGAUUCAGUCUGUUCCAUCUUUUGGUUCUUCUUGUUUUUGCCUUCCUUUUCUUUUUGUUAACCUCAUUGCUGUAGAUGUGGAUUCAAGGAUUGGAGAGUGCAUACAGACCAUUUUGUAAUCCACAUUCAGAGAGAUUGAAAUUGAUAAUUUGGAAUUUUGAUCUGGAGUCAGGCUUUGGCAAGAUCUA